AUGAACCUGGAUUUCAGUUCAAGACAAUUCCCGAUGGUAUUCCCGAUGAUUUACGAUGGGACAGCUGCGGAGAUGCUUAAAGUACCAACCAUGCAAUUUUGGACCUUCGCUGCUAGUGCUUUCUGGGGUUAUUACCAAGCUCCAAAUCUAAUUGAAAGAAAUCUUAUUCCACUUAAAGACGAAAGUUGCCUCACCAAUGGGUAUCUCGACACAAUAAUAGAUUGGAUUCCAGGGUUUGAAGAAAUCCGUUUAAAGGAUCUUCCAGGUUACGUUCGAACCACAGACCCAAGUGAUAUGGACUAUAUUUUUAUCAUUGAGUGUGCUAAAGCAAUGAGAAAGGUCUCAUCUAUAAUCAUCCACACAUUUGAAGAUUUAGAGUCCACCAUCAUUAAAGCCCUCAACCCCAUAUUUCCUCACAUCUACACAAUCGGACCACUAGAGUUGCUACUAAAACAUAUACAAAAUGAGCAAGAAACAAAGAAGUUGGACAAUAAAAGCUAUAGUUUAUGGAAAGAAGAACCUGAGUGCCUUAACUGGCUCCAAUCAAAGGAACCAAAUUCUGUACUUUAUGUAAAUUUUGGUAGCUUAGCAGUGAUGUCUUCACAACAAUUGCUAGAGUUUGGUUUUGGAAUUGCUAAUAGCAACCAUUAUUUUCUUUGGAUCAUUAGGCCUAAUUUGGUUGUUGGAGAGUCUAUUGUCUUUCCUCAAGAACUCAAAGAGAUUAUUAAUAAGAAAGGGUUUAUCGCAAGUUGGUGUCCUCAGGAAGAAGUGUUGAACCACCCUUCGGUUGGUGGGUUCUUGACGCAUUGUGGGUGGGGUUCGACCAUUGAGAGCUUAACGGCUGGGGUCCCCAUGAUUUGUUGGCCUUUUUUAUGGGACCAACCAACAAACUGUAGGCAAAUUUGCAAGGAAUGGAAAGUUGGCAUGGAAAUCGGAGAGAGUGUGAAGAGAGAUGAAGUUGAGAAGCUUACAAAGGAGUUGAUUGGAGGAGAGAUGGGUAAGCAAAUGAGGAUCAAGGCUAUGGAGUGGAAGGAAAAGAUUGAAAUUGCGACAAGUCCUAGUGGCUCAUCUUUCUUGAAUGUCGAGAAACUUGCAAAUGACAUUCAUUUGUUUUCAACAAACUAGCUAGGAUUUCAUAUGUUCUUUUGGUUAUCGAGAAUGUUGUUAAAGGUCCUUCUUUAAGGGGCUAGGGAGGCCAUGGCCUUCGAACUUUUUAGCCUACUAAUACGUGUUGUAUACAUAGCCAAAGACUGGAGUUCAAUAAGAAAAGCUAGUUGUGUGUCUUGUUUCUUUUACUCUUCAUCUAUCCAUGGACCGAUGUACAUUUAUGCCAUUCAUGACUCAUGAGUUGUUUUGAGAGGCUUCAAAGGCCCAUUCAUGGCAGAUAUAAGCACGGAGGUUGUGAGAAAGAAAGUGGUUUCUAUCAUUUUUCUAUAUUAAAAAAAAAUUACAAACGCAUGUGUAAAUUAUUUUGAGAGGGAGAAAAACACCAUUCAAGAUUUCAAAAAUAAAAACUAAAAUAUUUGAAAAUAGAAACUUAUUAAAUCUUAAAUUCUGAUGCAAUUAUCUAUCGAUUUAAUAAAUCCCAUAAAACCCACAAUAAUCUACUUUUUAUAUCUCAAGGUGACAAACCCUAGCUGAAAACCACAUGGUCGUUGUCUCCGUCACCUCUCUGACUCUUGUUGCCUCAAGCUCUCAUUGUUGCCUGUCAUAGACCAAGUCGUCCGUCAUACUCCUCCGAUAAAACUCAAUGUCACAGUACCUCUUGAACUCUCUUGCUUUCAUGGUAUAUACUCAGUUAUAUCUCCCUUGUCUACUCUCAUGAUCUCAUGC